CAGCUGCUUUCUCUUACCCUUCUCUAAGGUUGUGUUUCUAUCAUGAACAGUGAUCCAGAUAGUCUACUUCGAGAUCCCUCCUCAUUUUCCAUUCUGUAACCCCCUUUGCUAAUUUACUUUCCUUACCUCUUUUUUUGUCCUAAGAUUUUAUUAAAUUGCCAUUCCAGAGUACCCCACAUCCCUAUUUGCCAUAACUCCCAUACUUCACAGUUCUUCCUCAUGGACACCAGAAGCAGUGAAGCUGAGGAACCCUUAACUCCUCUGCUUGCCCAAUCCCCUCCUCCGGAUGAAGCUGACGAUGAUGAAGAUGCCUUUGCUGUCUUGGCAAGGGCAACACCGUCGCCUGAUUUGAUCCCCUGGGAGCAACGCAGCCAGAAGAUGAAGAUUCUGUAUUACGUUGAUAGGAUUUUCCUGUUUUUAUUGGGUAUUUUCCUAAUUGUACUGUUCGGAGAGGUUUCAUAUAUACUUCAUCAAACUGUGCCCUGGAUAGCACUUUACAGGAGGCUGAAAGAUUAUCUGCUAAUGCAAGAAGAGUCAGAAGAGGAGUUGGAUCUUUAGAGGUGAGAUGAAAGCAAACCCCCGCCUAAAGGGACACUGUAGGCACCCAGACCACUUCAGCUCAUUGAGGUGGUCUGGGUGCAAUGUCCCAUGUCCCUUAACCCUACAGUCGUCAUUAUUGCAGUUUCUGAGAAACUGCAAUAAUUACCUCUGUGGGUUAAUGCCUCCUCUAGUGGCUUUCUAUCAGACAGCUACUAGAGGGACUUUGGUCUGUUAUCUGACGCUGGACAUCGUCACGCUCUGCAUGAGGACCUCCAGCGUCAGAUUUUUUUCCCCAUAGGAAAGACUAGAAUAUGGGCAUUGGGAGGGGUGCAUGCAGGAGCCAAUAGUGCCAGGAAAACGGGUUUGCUUUCCUGGCACUAUAGAAUCCCUUUAAUAUAAAGUUCUGUAGAAACUGGGCCCAAAAUGUUUACUUCAGUACUCAACGCAGACUAUGAUUGGCAAAGGAUCUUGGGAAUGCUAGCAACAACUUACUGAGAAGGGUAGGUUGCAUUCAUCCUAAGAUUUGCUAUGGUUAUUUUUUGUAGUAGUUAAGAAAUGACUGUGCAUUUGUCGUCUGCCUGGAAUUCAAUAUAUCUCAGAGCUUGCUAAAUGUCCUAGGCUUUAGUCAUUAUAUAGGGGAUUUUGGAGAAUUUUUGGAAGCAUUGCCAUCAGCUUACGGGCAGGGCCCUCUAUACCUUUUGUAUUGGUCUGUGUAUAUUGUACGUUUUCCCCCAUUUGUCCUCACUAAGCCACCUGUAGCAAAACUAUUAAAUUAUUCCCAACCAAUAAUAGCAAUAAAUAAAUGGUACUUCUCAGUGGAUGUAAUAUUGCUACAAUUAAGGUGAAGUAGAGAUUUGCUUAAUAAUAGGGUGGAAUGAAAUUUAAAAAAGCAGGUUCUACUCUGGGGCAAUGGGCAGUGAUAUAGGAAGAUAGUCUAUAAUGGUGAAUAUACCUGUUAUCCCGCCCUAGCUAAAACUCCCCCCUUCCCCACACUGCUUUAAAGCAGUCCCCAUAUCUAACAGCACCACUACUCUUCAAGUAUCUCAACAUAGUGUGAAUGAAUGCAGGGACAUACACUGAGUAGGCUUAUGGGCUGUAAAAUACAGAGGAUGUGGGAGGUUAUGGGGUGACACACAGUGUAUGGGGGGUAAUGGGAUGAGAGACAAGGAAUGUGGGGGCUAUUGGGUCACACAGUGUAUGGGGAGUAAUGGGGUGAUAGACAUGAAUAUGGUGGGUUAUGUUGUGACACACAGUGUAUGGGGGGUAAUGAGUAAACAUAGACAAGGGAUGUGGCAGGUUGUUUUGUGACACACAGUGUAUGGGGGGUAAUGGGGUGACAGACAAGGAAUGUGGGGGCUAUUGGGUGACACACAGUGUAUGGGGGUUAAUGGGGUGACAGACAAGGAAUGUGGGGGCUAUUGGGUGACACACAGUGUAUGGGGGUUAAUGGGGUGACAGACAAGGAAUAUGGGGGCUAUUGGGUGACACACAGAGUAUGGGGGUUAAUGGGGUGACAGACAAGGAAUAUGGUGGGUUAUGUUGUGACACACAGUGGAUGGUGGGGUAAUGGGUUAACACAGACAAGGGAUGUGGCAGGUUGUUUUGUGACACACAGUGGGUAUGGGGUAAUGGGUUAACACAGGGAAGUGAUGUGGGGGUUAUGUUGUGACACAGUGUGUAACGGACCGUUUUGCACACAAGAGGUUAAAAACCGUUUAAGAGAUAUUCCCCUUCCCUAUAUACAGGCAGCUACUGUAGACACCAAUCCACCGAACCGGAGAAGCAUACGAAUGCUCUGAAACAUAUGAAUGCUGUAAACAGCUGAAUAAGAAAAACCACACGAACAGUUUACACUCCUAGCAAUCAGUCUGAAACAGCAUACAAUCCAAUUCCCCCAAUAACUAGAUGACACUUCGUUUGAGGGUCAAGCUGAACUGAUUUACUGGGGCUACCUGCCCGGCUUUUAUGCAGAUCUCCCACCUGGUGGACACUCCCCUAGGGGACCAGAUGGGAAACUGGACACAAAGGGUAAAAGUACCAAUCACAAGCUUACACAUUUAAACAGAUCCCACAAUGCAUUGCAAUCCCUCCUCUCUGUCCUGGAGAUAAUUGGGAAGUAAUCCAAUUAUCUACAAGGACAGAGGCAAAACUCCAUCAGCCACAUGUUAGUAAAAAGACAUAAAAUAACACAGUGUUACAAUUACUACAUAAAACAUAGACAUUCUACAUAUCCCCAGAUAGCUUAGAUCUGAGCGCACAUUAUUACCGAAUGGCGCUCAGAUCACAUACAUACAGUUCAAUCGCCAUGGAGCCAGUCUUUCCCAUAGUCUUUCGGUAUACAAAUGGGCUUAGCUAUCUGGGGUAACACUGCUCACAUAGGGAAAAUAAAAGGUUUUUAAUGCAGGGCCAUAGUCCAGCGGCAAGAGGUGGGAAACCAGGCUCCUCCAGUGGCCAGUGGCGAGGUUGGUUCCGCCACACAGUGGGUGGGGGGCAGGGCCGGAUUAACAAAAAAAUUUUUUUUUUACAUUUUUUUUUUCACACACUACUCUUAGGGAUUCCACCUGGCUUUUAUUUUAUUGGCACAGCUAGUAUUUGAGGCUGCCUGGCUGGUGCCAAUAUUGCAGUGAUACUGGCAAUAUAAAUGCUGGUAUUUUUCUAAGUAUAAAUGGAAAUUACUAUGCAAUACCAGCACUGGCCAGUAGGGGUCGCUGCAUGUGGAGACAGGCAGGUAUAGGAAGUUCCAGCAUAUCCCUCCCUGCCUAUCUAUACUCACUGAUCUGCAGGGGUGCAGCUACAGAGAGUCCAGACAGCAACUCCCACCCUGCAGAGACAACCUACAGCUCAGGGAAGUAAGGGAUGGGGGAAAAGGCUGCAAGGAGACAUACACUGAGACACUAAGGGACAUUGGGAGACAUUAUGGCAGACACUGAGACACUAAGGGACAUUGGGAGACAUUAUGACACAGACACAUGGGGACACAGUGUCCCCAUGUCUCCCAGCCAGUGUCCCUGGUGUCUCAGUGCCUCUAGUCUUCCAGUGACCCCUAGUCUCCCAGUGCCCCCAGUCUGCCAGUGUCUCACUGUCCCCAUGUCUCCUAGUGCCUCCAUGUCUCUCAGUGCCUCAAGUGUCACAAUGUCACCAAGCUAGUGUCCCUAGUGUCUGUGGCCCUGGUGUCUGUGUCCCCAUGUCUCCCAGUGCCCCCAUGUCUCAAUGUCCCCAUGUCCCCAUGUCCCCCAGCCAGUGUCUCUAGUAUCUUUGUCCCUGGUGUCUGUGUCCCCAUGUCUUCAAGUGUCCCCUAUUUUCCCAUUGUCCCCAUGUGUCCCAGCCAGAGUCCCCUAGUCUCCCAGUGUCACUGGUGUCUCUAGGUCUCCCCGUGUCCCCAGGUCUCCCCGUCUUCCUAGUGUCCUAGUGACAUGGGGACCCUGGGAUACAUGAGGACACAGGGAGACAUAGGGCAUUGAGACACUGAUACAUAGGAUCACUGGGAGACCUGGGGACACGACACUUAGGGACACUGGGAGACAUGGGGCACUGAGACACUGAUACAUAGGAACACUGAGGACUGGAGUAAUCGACAUAUGGGGGCACUGGGAGGAAUCCAUCUUUACAGCAGAUUUAAACUAAAUAGUUUUUUGGUGAUUUUACAGCAUUUUCUCUUAUGUCACUCCUUGUGAUUUACAUCAUGUGAUGUCACCCACACAUAAAUUAGUAAGGCCGGUAUGUUUUUCCAAGAAAGGUGGCAACCCUAACUACUUUUCACAUACUCUUACUUAAGUAUGGAAACUUAAGAGGGAUGUAAACUUGUGUGGACUAGCUGACAAUGAAUAUAGUUAAAGGGACACUAUAGUCAGCAGAACAACUACAGCUUAUUGAAUUUGUUCUGGUGAGUAGAAUCAUUACCAUCAGGCUGUUUGCUGUAAGCAUGGUCUUUUCAGAGAAAAUGCUGUGUUUACAUUACAUCCUAGUGAUAACUUCACUGGCCACUCCUUAGGUGACUGUUAGAGAUCCUUCCUGGGUCAUGGCUGCCUAAAAUGCAUCCAAGCAUUCAGUGUCUCCUCCCUCUGCAUGUAGACACUGAACUUUCCUCAUAGAGAUUCAUUAAUUAAAUUCAUCUAUAUAAGGAGAUGCUGAUUGGCCAGGGCUGUGUUUGAAUCAUGCUGGCUCUGCCCCUGAUCUGCCUCUUUGUCAGUCUCAGCCAAUCCUAUGGGGAAGCACUGGGAUUGGAUCAGGCCACCACUUCUAAUGAUGCCAGCAGACUGCUUGUUUUUAUGAGUCUAACAGCAUGCAGAGUUAAAGCUUCAGGCUUGAAUAUAGUAGGAUUUUGCUAUAUUUAUGGAGGCAUGAGGGGCCCAGGGGGGCUAGAUGGUGGUGUUAACACUAUAGGGUCAUGAAUUCAUGCUUGUGGUAAUGCUGACUUUGGUCUCUCUAACACGGUGGCAUGUUCCCUUUCUUCUACACUCACUACAUACAGCUUUUCUCUGUCCCGGACCAUAUACCAGGAGCUUCUGCCUGCUAGUAAGAAGGUAAGGAGACAAGUGGACCAGUGAGUGCUAGGGGACAGUCCUUAGAAAGCGUUGAGUGAGCGCAUCAUUAGAUGCAUUUAUGCCAAGCUCAGGGUGCUGUCUGCAUAGUAUGCCCUUAGUUGGCCAGCUGCAUGAUUGGCAGGCAGCCUGACAUGCCAGCCACUGGUCUUCUAAUUCUUUGAGCAGACAUGUCCUCUUUUUGGGCAUGUUCGCCCCUUUUGGCAGGUUAUGUGAUUUGUGUCAGUGGCACACCCUUUUACCAUGCCCAUUGACUUCCUACUUGACUGGACACUGCUGUUAGGGGUUAUGGAUUUACUUGAAAGAUGAAAACAUAAAUUAGUGAGAGAUUAGCCUAGGGUAUGUGUUUUCUUAUAGCUGCUGUUUUCUUUCGCUCCAGCACCAUCUCCAUCAGAUACAUGAUGCUUGGGAGUGUUUUACUGUUUUGGGUCGAUAUGAUUCUGUAAUUAGGCCCGUCAUAAUUGUCAGCACCAGGCCCACUGGGCUCUUAAUCUGGCCCUGGUGGGGGGUAAUGGGUUAACAUAGAUAAGGGAUGUGGAGGUUAUGUUGUGACACACAGUGGGUGGGGGGGUAAUGGGUUAGCACAGACAAGGGAUGUGGGGGUUAUGUUGUGACACAGUGGAUGGGGGUAAUGGGGUGACAAACAAGGAAUGUGGGGGCUUUUGGAUGACACACAGUGCAUGGGGAGUAAUGGGGUGACAGACAAGGGAUGUGGGGGUUAUGGGGUGACACACAGUGUAUGUGGGGUAAAGGGUUAACAUAGACAAGAGAUGUGGGGUUUAUGUUGUGACCCAGUGGAUGGGAGUAAUGGGGUGACAGACAAGGAAUGUGGGGGCUAUUGGGUGACACACAGUGUAUGGGGGUUAAUGGGGUGACAGACAAGGGAUGUGGGGGCUAUUGGGUGACACACAGUGUAUGGGGGGUAAAGGGUUAACACAGACAAGGGAUGUGGGGGGUUAUGUUGUGACACACAGUGGGUGGGGGGUAAUGGGUUAGCACAGACAAGGGAUGUGGGGGUUAUGUUGUGACACAGUGGAUGGGGGUAAUGGGGUGACAGACAAGGGAUGUGGGGUUAUGGGGUGACACACAGUGGAUGAGGGGUUUUGGGGUGACAACCAAAAGGAUUAUGUUUUUGUGGGCUGGAGCGUGGAGACUUUGACAGACUAUGGUUUUUGAUGGUUGUUCCACUUAAAUCCAAGUAUAUGUAUUAGGCCUCAGACAAUAUCUGGAGGAUAAUUAUGUAUUUUCAUACCAGAUCUUCUCAUGUUUCACUCAGUUUAUGACGUUUUAUCUUCUGCUAGAUAAUACCACUUGUAACUAGGUUGUUAUGGUGAUGUCUUCCCAGAAAUGAUUUGUACACACCAUUAUGUGAUUCCUCAUACACACAUUAUAUCAGUCCCAUAUAUUGAGGGUGUGUCUUUACAACACCUCACAUAUAGAGAUAAUAUCAGGCACAUAUACCGAGGCUGUACAUCAUACAGAGAUUUUAUCAAUUAUACACACUGAGUCUAUGUGUCCACACCAUUACAUAUACUAAAUCAGUCAGAUAUACUGUGACUGUGUUUUAAGAGCACCUCCUACACAGAUAUGAUAUAACACACAUUUACUGUAGCUGUGACUUAACAGCACCCCAUAAAUAGAGCUUAUUUUGGACAUACCGGUAUAUACUUAUUUUCUUCUCAUCAGCCCAUACACUGACAUUAUAUAAAUCACAUAUACCAAGUCUGUGUCUUCCCACUAACUCGUACAUAGGGCAUACACUGGACACAUAUACCGAGGAUGUCUUCCCACUGGAGACAUAUACCGAGGCUGUGUCUUUACACUAACACAUACAUAGGGCAUAUACUGUACAAAUAUACAGAGGCUGUGUCUUUCCACUAACUCGUACAUAGGGCAUAUACUGUACAAAUAUACAGAGACUGUGUCUUCCCACUAACUCGUACAUAGGGCAUACACUGGACACAUAUACCGAGGCUGUGUUUUUACACUAACCCAUACAUAGGGCAUAUACUGUACAAAUAUACAGAGGCUGUGUCUUCCCACUAACUCGUACAUAGGGUAUAUACUGGACACAUAUACCGAGGCUGUGUCUUCCCACUGAGGCUGUGUCUUCCCACUAACUCGUACAUAGGGCAUAUACUGGACACAUAUACCGAGGCUGUGUCUUUCCACUAACCCAUACAUAGGGCAUAUACUGUACAAAUAUACAGAGGAUGUGUCUUCCCACUAACUCGUACAUAGAGCAUAUACUGAACACGUAUACUGAGGCUGUGUCUUCCCACUAACUCAUACAUAGGGCAUAUACUGAACACAUAUACUAAGGCUUUGUCUUCCCACUAACUCGUACAUAGAGCAUAUACUAGACACAUAUACUGAGGCUGUGUCUUCCCAUUAACUCAUACAUAGGGCAUAUACUGGACACGUAUACUGAGGCUGUCUUCCCACUAACUCGUACAUAGGGCAUAUACUGGACACAUAUACUGAGGCUGUGUCUUCCCACUAACUCGUACAUAGGGCAUAUACUGGACACAUAUACGAGGCUGUGUCUUUCCACUAACUCAUACAUAGGGCAUAUACUGGACACAUAUACUGAGGCUGUGUCUUUCCACUAACUCAUACAUAGGGCAUAUACUGGACACAUAUACUGAGGCUGUGUCUUUCCACUAACUCAUACAUAGGGCAUAUACUGGACACAUAUACGAGGCUGUGUCUUCCCACUAACUCAUACAUAGGGCAAAUACUGGACACAUAUACUGAGGCUGUGUCUUUCCACUAACUCAUACAUAGGGCAUAUACUGGACACAUAUACGAGGCUGUGUCUUUCCACUAACUCAUACAUAGGGCAUAUACUGGACACAUAUACCGAGGCUGUGUCUUUCCACUAACCCAUACAUAGGGCAAAUACUGGACACAUAUACUGAGGCUGUGUCUUUCCACUAACUCAUACAUAGGGCAUAUACUGUACAAAUAUACAGAGGCUGUGUCUUCCCACUAACUCGUACAUAGGGUAUAUACUGGACACAUAUACCGAGGCUGUGUCUUCCCACUGAGGCUGUGUCUUCCCACUAACUCGUACAUAGGGCAUAUACUGGACACAUAUACCGAGGCUGUGUCUUUCCACUAACCCAUACAUAGGGCAUAUACUGUACAAAUAUACAGAGGAUGUGUCUUCCCACUAACUCGUACAUAGAGCAUAUACUGAACACGUAUACUGAGGCUGUGUCUUCCCACUAACUCAUACAUAGGGCAUAUACUGAACACAUAUACUAAGGCUUUGUCUUCCCACUAACUCGUACAUAGAGCAUAUACUAGACACAUAUACUGAGGCUGUGUCUUCCCAACUUAACUCAUACAUAGGGCAUAUACUGGACACAUAUACUGAGGCUGUCUUCCCACUAACUCGUACAUAGGGACACAUAUACUGGCUGUGUCUUCCCACUCAUACAUAGGGCAUAUACAUAGGGCAAAUACUGGACACAUAUACUGAGGCUGUGUCUUUCCACUAACUCAUACAUAGGGCAUAUACUGGACACAUAUACGAGGCUGUGUCUUUCCACUAACUCAUACAUAGGGCAUAUACUGGACACAUAUACCGAGGCUGUGUCUUUCCACUAACCCAUACAUAGGGCAAAUACUGGACACAUAUACUGAGGCUGUGUCUUUCCACUAACUCAUACAUAGGGCAUAUACUGUACAAAUAUACAGAGGCUGUGUCUUCCCACUAACUCGUACAUAGGGUAUAUACUGGACACAUAUACCGAGGCUGUGUCUUCCCACUGAGGCUGUGUCUUCCCACUAACUCGUACAUAGGGCAUAUACUGGACACAUAUACCGAGGCUGUGUCUUUCCACUAACCCAUACAUAGGGCAUAUACUGUACAAAUAUACAGAGGAUGUGUCUUCCCACUAACUCGUACAUAGAGCAUAUACUGAACACGUAUACUGAGGCUGUGUCUUCCCACUAACUCAUACAUAGGGCAUAUACUGAACACAUAUACUAAGGCUUUGUCUUCCCACUAACUCGUACAUAGAGCAUAUACUAGACACAUAUACUGAGGCUGUGUCUUCCCAUUAACUCAUACAUAGGGCAUAUACUGGACACGUAUACUGAGGCUGUCUUCCCACUAACUCGUACAUAGGGCAUAUACUGGACACAUAUACUGAGGCUGUGUCUUCCCACUAACUCGUACAUAGGGCAUAUACUGGACACAUAUACGAGGCUGUGUCUUUCCACUAACUCAUACAUAGGGCAUAUACUGGACACAUAUACUGAGGCUGUGUCUUUCCACUAACUCAUACAUAGGGCAUAUACUGGACACAUAUACUGAGGCUGUGUCUUUCCACUAACUCAUACAUAGGGCAUAUACUGGACACAUAUACGAGGCUGUGUCUUCCCACUAACUCAUACAUAGGGCAAAUACUGGACACAUAUACUGAGGCUGUGUCUUUCCACUAACUCAUACAUAGGGCAUAUACUGGACACAUAUACGAGGCUGUGUCUUUCCACUAACUCAUACAUAGGGCAUAUACUGGACACAUAUACUGAGGCUGUGUCUUUCCACUAACCCAUACAUAGGGCAUAUACUGGACACAUAUACUGAGGCUGUGUCUUUCCACUAACUCAUACAUAGGGCAUAUACUGGACACAUAUACUGAGGCUGUGUCUUCCCACUAACUCAUACAUAGGGCAUAUACUGAACACAUAUACUGAGGCUGUGUCUUUCCACUAACUCAUACAUAGGGCAUAUACUGGACACAUAUACUGAGGCUGUGUCUUCCCACUGAGGCUGUGUCUUUCCACUAACUCAUACAUAGGGCUUAUACUGGACACAUAUACUGAGGCUGUGUCUUCCCAAUAACUCAUACAUAGGGCAUAUAUAUAAUGCUUUGACUACGUACUUUACAUAUUAAUUAUUUUAUACUGUGUGUCUUUGCAGCCUAUUGAUUCGAAGCAAAUCUACAGCCAAGCAACAUAUGGACGUAUCACAGUGGAUGAGGAGAAAGAUCUUGCCAAGAUGCAAUCUAUAACACUGUUCAUGUUACUGCCGGCAUAUUGUGCAAGAAGACCCAUGACAACACCUGCUGCCUAUAUAAGAUCACCCUCUAACAAACAUUCUGUAUUCCAAGUAUCAUCCAUAAUCAGAUCUUGGAGCCAACAGCUUAGAACAAAUAAAUCUGGUCCAAGCUACGUAUCUGAGAAGAACAGUCCUGUCGUACCCAGAAAAACUCAAGCUGUUGGCCUUUGCAUUUUCAAAGGAUAAUAUCAUUUUAUACUGACACAUAUAAUAACAAUUGAUUCUCCUACACAUUAUUUAUAUAAAUCACCAGACAGCAGUUUGGAAAAAAGUGAAAUUGGGUUUCAAACAAGGUUAGAUUGCAAGCUCCGCUGGGCAGGGUCUUGCGUACAAAGCGCAUAGUGUGGAUUAUGUACAUUUGUGGCUACAAGAGAGCAAACACAUUGUCAAUGCUUUAUGAAAUCCACAGAUGAGCAUUUAAAUUGUAUUAUAAUCAAGAACAGCUAGGUACUAAGAAUGCCACAUUUUCUGGAAAAGAAUGAAACAAACUCAACUAUAUUUUUAGCAAUGGGGCUUUAUUCCCCAAGUGGCAUUUACAAUGGGCUUUUGGAAAAUAAUCAGCCUGUUCUGGCAACUCAUUCAAAGACUGGAGGCUAUUGACCUAGAAAGAAAAUACCUUGACCUACAAAACAUUUAUAUUUAUUGCCUCGAGUGCCAAUCAUUUUUAUUCUCACACCCAAAUGGAGCUG